GUGUCUCUCCUCCCUCCUCCCUACUCCCUACUCCCCACUCCCUCCUACCGCUCUCCUCCGCUCACGCUCUUCACGACUCAUUCCUCCAUCGACUCAAACUAUAUAAAACCCUAACCCCUCCUCCUCCUCCUCCUCCUCUCUACCAAACCCUAAACCCUAAUCGCGUAAUCCGCAUCAAAAGGAGGAGAAGAAGAAGAUAAGGGACGAUGGAGUGCCUCACCGGGGGGAGCUCCGCCACCGCCGCCGUCGCCGCCGCCGCCGCCGCCGCAGCCGCUGCGAUGUCGCCGUCGCUCGGAGGGUGGAGGUGUAGGCGGAGGAGAGCGGCGGAUGUGGCGGAGGCGGCGGUGGGAGGGUUCCGGCUCUAUUACGAGAGGCGGCGCUCGUUGGAGCUUCUCCGGUCGCUCCGGGCCGCGGCGGCGGGGGGAGGAGGGAGAGAGAGCUGCGUCGCGGCGGAGAUGGCGGCGGCGAGGGAGGCGGCGGUGGGGGUGGAGGGGUUCGCCGACGAGGAGGAUUAUGUCAAGGCGGGGGGGAGUGAGAUGUUCUAUGUCAAAAUGCAGGAGAGGAAGCCGAUGGGGAAGCAGAGCAAGAUCGGAAACAAGUUGCGACCUAUAGCUGGCGGGGAUUCAGUGCUUGAUCUGAUUGUAAUAGGUUGUGGCCCUGCUGGUCUUUCACUGGCAGCAGAAUCGGCUGGGAGGGGACUAACUGUUGGUCUUAUUGGACCAGAUCUUCCUUUUACGAAUAAUUAUGGUGUAUGGGAAGAUGAAUUCAAAGAUCUUGGACUUGAGAGCUGUAUUGAGCAUGUCUGGCGGGAUACUAUUCUAUACCUUGAUAGUGAUGAUCCAAUAGUAAUUGGUCGUGCGUAUGGAAGAGUUGACCGCGAUUUGUUACACGACGAAUUGCUAAGAAGGUGCUAUGAAUCUGGUGUCACAUACCUUAAUUCAAAAGUGGAAAAGAUCAUUGAAGCAAGUGAUGGGUGCAGCCUAGUUUUAUGCGAAGCAGACUGUAUGAUUCUCUGCAGGCUUGCCAUUGUUGCAUCUGGAGCGGCCUCUGGGAAGCUUCUCCAGUAUGAGCUAGGGCCUCGUGUUUCUAUACAGACAGCAUAUGGGGUGGAAGUUGAGGUGGAAAACAAUCCAUAUGAUCCCAGCUUAAUGGUUUUCAUGGACUACAGAGACUUUGUGAAAGACAAAAAGCCAUGCCCUGAAGCUGAAUACCCUACAUUUCUUUAUGCCAUGUCCAUGUCACCUACAAGAGUUUUCUUUGAGGAAACAUGCCUUGCUUCGAAAGAUGCUAUGCCCUUUGAGCUUCUCAAGAAGAAACUAAUGUCUCGUUUAGAAGCCAUGGGUGUUCGAAUAUUAAAAGUGUAUGAAGAGGAAUGGUCCUAUAUUCCAGUUGGUGGAUCCUUGCCAAACACAGACCAGAAAAAUCUUGCAUUUGGUGCUGCAGCCAGCUUUGUGCAUCCAGCUACUGGAUAUUCGGUCGUGCGGUCGUUGUCUGAAGCUCCAAAGUAUGCAUCAGUGAUAGCUAGUAUUUUGAAGAAAGGUACCUACUCAAGAUCAGGUUUGCCAGGUGGAAGUACUCAUAAUCCCUCAGUUCUAGCAUGGAGGACACUGUGGCCUCAAGAAAGGAAGCGCCAAAGGUCAUUCUUUCUCUUUGGGUUGGCGUUGAUACUGCAGUUGGAUAUUGAAGGCAUAAGAACUUUCUUCCAAACCUUUUUCCGCUUACCUAACUGGAUGUGGCAGGGUUUCCUCGGCUCCACACUCUCGUCGGUAGAUCUCAUAUGGUUUGCUUUCUACAUGUUUGCUCUCGCACCGAAUAGCAUGAGAAUGUGCCUCAUCAGACAUCUCCUUUCUGAUCCAACUGGCGCCCUUAUGAUGAAGACAUACCUUGCCCUGUAAAAUCUACUUUCACUUCUUCAGUUCUCUUUUAGAAAGAAGGUUUCUCACCAAUUUGUUCAAGUUUUUUUUUCCCCUGUAUAAUUGUAUAUAUUUUAGAGGAACUUCAUUCUGGUAAGCUUUAUAAUCAAACAUCAUCUUUCGCGAUAAUAAUGGCUUCUGGCUAGAGAAGCUUAUCCAAGCAUGGAGAUGAAUCCCUUUGCUUCAUUCGAUAUAGUUUUUCCUUGAAAUGUAUGUUUUGUGAAUGUAAUUAUUCUUUUUCCUGAACAAUCGCUCUUAUCUGCAAAA